UUAGCAUGUGCUACAAGGGAGGCUUAGCCUGCUAACUAACCAGCUCUUCAUAGCAAUGAUGCAUUUCAUUUGGCUGUAUUUCACUUUAAUAACUGCAGAAGUGGUGUUCUGCCAAGAAGCUAUUCAGGUGAAAUGCAGACCUCACUCGCUUGUAGUCACAUGGAGGGUUACUGAAAGCCUGGCUGAAACGCCUUUCAAACUUCUACUGGGUAACUGCUUUCCUUCCAAGUUCACACCUACAGCCGAUGGAGGAGGAGAAGCAGUUUUCCACUAUCAUUUCUCUAACUGCCGUUUCAGAAAAAAGGAAACACCUGAAGAGCUGAUCUAUGAAAAUGAACUGACUUUUAGGCCGUUGACGAAGUCGGAGUCUGCACGGCUUGUCUACCAUAUUAAAUGUGUUUCUGAAAGGCCAUUUCCAGUUGUAAAGCCUGCUUUUGGUGUCCUACAAGGUGAAGGAGAGUUGACUUUUCAUAUGGGUCUUUUAAACAGUGAUUUAAGUGGUCCAGCAUUAUCCAACUCCUUUGCUCUUGGCUCCUUUAUAAACAUUUGGGCAUCAGUAGCGCAGCAAGCUCAUCAGCCCCUGAUGCUGUUUCUGGAAGAGUGUGUCGCAUCAAACAGCCUAUCACUUGAACCACAGUCAUGGACAUAUCCUAUGAUUACUAACAAAGGAUGUCUUAUGGAUGCGAAGACUGGGUCUUCCAGAUUCUUGGCAAGAAAUCAGUCGUCAACACUUGUGCUUCAGCUCCAAACCUUCAAAUUUAUGGCAGAAAAAGAAGUCUACAUCCACUGCAAACUAGUGGCCUGGGACCCAGACGAUUUAAACGAAGAAAACAAAGCUUGCAAUUACAACAAAUCUACUGGAAUGUGGGAGCUUUUAGAUGACCCUUUCCAAAAUGAUCUAUGCCGUUGCUGUGAUUAUGACUGCAGUCAGCAGUUUACUGAUUCAACUUUAGCCUUAGAAUCCCAAGGUCCAACUCAAAGUGCUGUCCUAGGGCCGCUGCUUUUAACAUCACCCAUUUAGAGAAAAAGACUCAAGUGUCAAGACGUCUCCAUGAAUUGUUGCUGAACCAGUGACCCUGACGAUUUUAUGAUGGAGAUUAAAAGAAAAUCUUUGCUGGCGCUGACCCCUAAAAUGAAACCUGUUCUUUUGUGCUGUGUGCUCAAUUUUUAGAGAUUGCAUUUUGACACAAAAAGGAAUCGGGCUUCAAAGCCGCUUUUCAGCCCCAUAUUUUCAACUUC